AUGACAAGUGCUUCUUUAUCAGUACCGGCGGCAUCAAGCGAGUUGGCAUUAACUACGAUCAUACCAACAUUCACGACGGAUUCACCACAAGGCGAGUCGCCGGAAUUCAAGACUUUAAAACUGUUUCUUUAUUGUACCAUUCUUGUCUUCAGUUCACUGGGUAACGGACUCGUUUUCCUCUUAAUUUCUUGCAACCGUCGUCUCCGUCAAGGGUCCUCAAACAGAUUGUUACUUAACUUGAGUGCGUGUGAUUUCCUCACUCCGUUAUUGGGUAUACCGUUUGACUUGGUGCUCGAAGAACGUGGUUACGAUUGGCCAUACGGCGAGUUCAUGUGCCAUGCACUGUGGCCAGCGUCUACAUUCACGGCUACAGCAUCUGCUCUUACUUUGGCGGCCAUUUCGUUGGACAGGCAAGUCAUUAAUCAAUUAACCCCUCAGUUGACUUAAUAUUGGUGGAGGCAGAAAGCAAAACGGCUGAAGAUAACAAUAGCAAAUUUUAUCUUAGGUAAUCAUGAAAAAAAGUUUAAAAGUGCAUCUGAAGAGAUUUCAUUUGAAUGAUCUUGAGUGGUCAUACCAUGAGAUUUCGUCAAAAACUCGAAAGUUUUUUAGACUGGAACUUCCUGAUUUCAUUGUUUACUCUCUGCGGAAAGUUAAGGGGAAAGUCCAAAAUGUGCAACUUAUUGAUAACAUAACGAGAAAGUGCUAUUGUAUAACUUUUAUUGAAUAUGAAGUCAGUACUGACACUAACGUCUCAACGGAGAUCAAUUCAUAGAUUUAUGACAACUUUUACAGCUAAAAAUCUCACAAAACUGCCCUAGAUUGAGGGGCUCUGUAACACUUAACCCACUUAAAUUCUAGGUCCAGUAACAUUAGCAACAGACACUAUAUAUAAAAAAUACACAUAAACUUUAUUUAAUCUACCCAGAAAGGGCUUUUAAGGUCCUGCUCAGUGAUAGUAGGUUAAUACUUGUUUGCGACCAAUGUCAAUUGCUAACACAUGGUUACCAUUAGUUUAAAAAAUGCUCCAAGGUACCUCUGUCUUUUCGUCCGGCCUGGGCAUUACAAAAUCAGAUACUGAUGUCAGUAAUAUUUCGAAGGCAAACGAUAGAGAAGCUAUCUGUUUUUUUCUUCUUAAAAGUUUGAGACAAAUAUUGUGUUGGAAAUUAAAAACUUGUAAUUUACACCUAGUUUAAACCCGCAAAUCGUCUUUGAAAUCAUGGCUACGAACACCCUUUUUUCUAAGUUCUAAUUGCAUAAAAAAACGUUUUUAUUUUUAUUUCGUAGGGAGGAUUGACAAAUAUUUCUGGCAUUGUAAUAAUGUAACAAAAUCAUUAUCACCUAUUUUAGAGAACGUGCAUGCUUAAAUCAUUAAUGAUCACUUUCUAAGCAUAGUUUUCAACAAGCGAGUAGUUAACUGAUACGUUUGUCACAUUUUGACGCCUUCUCUUAAUUUUUGAUAUUUUUAUAGAGCCGCCCACUCGAUGCUUAAGGAAUUGCCUUUGUUUUAGAAAAUAACAGAGGAAAAAAAGUUGUAGCUUCAAAAUUUGUGUUAAAAAAAAUCUCUCUGUAUUUACACUUGGGCAGAUCUAAGUCCACCCCGAAAGGGACUCCUAUAAGAAGUGACAGGGAUGGUCGCCUCGCUUAGGGGUGUAAAUUGCAGAUUUUGGUCUCAAUUAGGGUGUUUCGGACGGAAAAUUACUAUAUUUGCCCAUUCAAAUACCGCUUAGGGCUGUGCAAAAAGAAAUUUGCAAAAAAUGCCAUAACACUGACCACACAGAAAUCUAACGUUUAACAAAGAACACACUCUUAAAGAUGUCUGUUUUUGUAUGGUCUCUUUUAGGGGUCAGCCACAUUGGUCUCCUUUAGGCGGCUUAAUUUUAAUUUUCCGAUGAGUACCCCGCUAGAGUCCACCUUAGGUUAGCCUGUGAACAAGCUCUCUGUUGGGGAAAGGAUGAAAAAUUCGCGUGGAGAAGGAAGGGAAAGGGUGAUUUGUUUUCGCGAUUUUUUCACCCUUUCCCCAAACAGAGAGCCUGUUCACAGCCUAGCCUUAGGUUAUCUCUGACAAUCAAAUCAGAGUGUCAUUAAGUUUAUUCAAUGACAUCUUUCAUGGAAAUUAUAGUAGACCCCGGAUCAAUCGUCUCAUUGCAUGAAUAUUUCUGUGCGAAAACUAAACUGGUUUUGACAGUGUCCUCUCGGCUUAACUCGCUUUUAUCUACACCGAUGCGUUUUUAAUUGACUUUUCUACGCGUUUUGGUCUUACUCGUCCAUGCCAAAACGAUUACAUUGAAACAGAGGUUUUUGAAAAAAGACUGUCGCAAAAAGAAAAUUUCAAAAACGCUGACGUGACAGCUACUCAUUCAUUACUUGGCGAAAAUAAACAAGAGCAUCACUACACGUCCGUGAAUAGCCUGAGGACAAGAGCGUAUCGCAAGAUUCGUCGACGGCUUAGUUUGAACUGUCGCAAAAACAAAUGUGCAAAUGCUGGGACAUUGAGUCUAAUUUCUAUUCACUUUUGUUAAUACUCAACCCCCCCUGGGGGGUUCUCAAAAAGGUUUUAUACGGGGUGACUCCUCCCCAACGUCUAACCCCAUCACCCUUUACUAUACACUUUUGAAAGAAAAGGUACCCGGCCCUCUCGUAUACCUUCUUAAUUGAUAAAUGGUACCCCUUUCACUGGUAUAACUAGUUCAGAACUUUUUAUCCCUCUAAGUUAACUACUGUAAAUGCACUGUCACUUUAAAAUAAGAAUAAACCACAGAACAAGAACGUUUUCUCGACUUUUUUCACAGCGAUAAUAAAAUACUUCUGUGAGCCCCUUUGGGCCCCUUUACAUACGGAAAUGACAGAUUUUCCUACCGUUAAAGAUACCUCAACUAGUGAAAUCUUUGCACUUUAGUAUGACCGAACAGUGACGGAUCAAGGAGAGGCCCCCCCCCCGGCCUUCUUUUUAGAUCAAAGUGUGGCCCGGAGGGCCGAAAAAAAUUCUUUGGAGACCGCAACCCCACCCCCGUCCACACCCCUUAUCUUAAGGUCUUGAUCCGGCACUGCCGAAAACCUAAAAAAGGUUCCUCUUCGAGGGCGGAGGCCUACGUUACCCCGUAUAGGCAUUUUAGGGAAUCCUCCUCCGGAAUCAAACGGAGAUUUCCUAAAACGCAUCAGUAUUGGAAAGAAUGAAAUGCUGGUUUUAUCUAAUUUCUGAUACAAAGUUUGUUUCUUUAACAGAUUUCGCCUCCUAAUGCAUCCCUUCAUUCCGCGACUCACCAAAAAGCAAAUCAAGUUCGUCAUUAUCAGCGUUCACGUGUUAUCUCUAGUCAUAAUUAUACCUUAUGUCAGCUUCUUAAAACUGGAAGAUCACGAAUGCAUCGAACAAUGGCCUCAGCUUGGAUACAGACAAGCUUACACCGUUGUACUAUUCUUGGCCCAGUACGCUCUACCUCUUGUCUUCAUGACAACAAUGUACACCAUUGCCCUGGUCAAACUUUACAACGUCACAAGCAACACGAGUCAGAUGCGUAUGAAAUCUCAACACCCUCGUAGAGUUUCCGCAAAUCGUCGGAAAAUUUCUGUUAGUUCUCAGUUCUCCGAGACGAAUAACAACGCGGCGGAAAGUGUUAAGAAAAACCCAAUUCGAAAAUUGAGUUCACGCGUUGCUCACACAAUGUCGCGCGGGUUCGACGCCGAAUCCAACGUUCGCGUGACGAAGAUGUUUAUCGUUAUAGUUGCAAUCUUUGCCAUCUUUAUGCUUCCCAACCAAAUAGUGUGGCUCUGGAUGGAUUUUGGAGCAGGAAAUGAUCACGUCCGGUUAAACGUGAUAAAAAUAGUCUGCUGGCUAUUCACUUACACCAACUGUGUGUUCAAUCCUGUGAUCUUUGUCAUAUUUUGCAAAGAAUUCCGCACAGACAUUUUGACAUUUCCUAAAAGACUUUUGAGGAAGCCCAGGCAGCGGUUAAGUAUAUCAAGAUCUUCUGUUCCUGCCGCCGAUCUGGAAAGACGGCGUUGCGAGCUUGGUCGCCUGUCUUCGCCUGCCAGCCUAUAG